CCGGCGGUGAGGGGAGGAAUCCCCCCCCCCCCUCCUCACGCACGCUCCUCUACUCGCCAUCUUUAGCCUGGGCCCCACCUCCCGUGCCGUGGCCAUUAAAGCGGGACCGACCGGGCGCUCCCUGCCUCCUCGUCGUUCCGUUCCGUUCCGUUCCACCGACCAGAUCCACCCGCCCAGCCAUGCCGGCGCCGACGCUUCCAACGCCGCCGCCUUCGCCGCUGCUGCCGCCGGCGGGGGAGCCGUUCCGCGUGUUCGUGGGGUACGACCCGCGUGAGCACGAGGCGUACGAGGUGUGCCGCCGCAGCCUGCUCCGCCGCUCGUCGAUCCCGCUGGACGUGCGCCCGAUCCGGCAGGCGGACCUCCGCGCCGCGGGGCUCUACACCCGGGCGCGCGGCCCCACCGAGAGCACCGAGUUCUCCUUCACGCGCUUCCUCACCCCGUACCUCGCGGGCUACCGCGGCUGGGCGCUCUUCGUCGACUGCGACUUCCUCUACCUCGCCGACAUCGCCGAGCUCCUCGCCGCCGCCGUCCCGCCCGCCGACGCCGCCGACCGCAUCGCCGUCGCCUGCGUCAAGCACGAGUACCAGCCCGCUGAGGCCACCAAGAUGGACGGCGCCAUCCAGACGGUGUACCCGCGCAAGAACUGGUCCUCCAUGGUGCUCUACAACUGCGCCCACCCCAAGAACGUGGCCGUGCUCACCCCGGACGCCGUCAGCACCCAGACCGGCGCCUUCCUCCACCGCUUCGCUUGGCUCGACGACGACGAGAUCGGGGAGGUGCCAUUCGCCUGGAACUUCCUCGUCGGCCACAACCGGGUCGACCCCGCCGACCCGGCCACGCGCCCCAAGGCCAUCCACUACACCUCCGGCGGGCCGUGGUUCGAGCGCUACAGGGACUGCGAGUUCGCCGACCUCUGGCUCAAGGAGGCCGACGAGCUCAGGGCCGAGAAGGACAAGCUCAAGCUCCUCAAGGACAAGGACGACGCCGGCGUCAAGCAAGAGGAGGCGGCGGCGCAGGAGAAGGUGAAGUGAUGAUCAUCGUCAUCGAUCGGUGAUACUGCAUUGGAUGGAUUGGUUCGUUCUGUGCUAUGCUCCAGAGAUUUCAUUUCUCGUGGACAAUGUAUUCAUUCAUCUGACGCCACCAAUGUAGUAUUGCAUCGAUCUGUUACUGCUGAUGUCUCAGAGAUUAGAUUGAUGGUAGGCUUGUAUGGAUCAGUUGGAUUAAUAAUGUAAGAUAAGAAGAAAAUUGGCAGCUGUAAUCGGUGUCGGUGGGUCUGUGGAUUCUGAAUGCUCAUCGUUUAAGGAAUACCAACCGUAUAUUCUUCAGCA